AUGUCACUCAAACAGGAGAUAGAGACAUGGGUACGAGCAUUGGAGCAUUAUGACAACAACGAGUUUGAUUCUGCCCUUCGAGCAUUCAUGACUGUUGCCGACACAUCAAAGAUACUGUUCAAUUGCGCCGUGAUACACGCAACAUUAGGAGAGCAUACUCAAGCUGUUCAAUGCUAUCAACGAGCAGUAUACUUCGACCAGUACAUGGCGAUAGCAUACUUCCAGCAAGGCGUCUCGAACUUCCUUCUGGGUGACUUCGAGGAGGCUCUUGCAAACUUCAACGAUACACUACUUUACCUUCGUGGCAACCGCUGGAUUGACUAUGACCAAUUGGGACUCAAGUUCAAGCUUCAUUCGUGCGAAGCGCUUUUCAAUCGUGGUCUUUGCUACAUUUACCUUCAGCAAAGGAGUGCUGGCCUCCAAGAUCUAUUCUAUGCUUCCAAAGAGAAGGCUGUUCCAGAUCACGAUGUCAUCGACGAAGCGAUACGUGAACAGGCCGAGGGAUAUACUGUCUUCUCAAUUCCUGUGGGCAUAGUCUACAGACCUAAUGAGGCGAAAGUCAAGAACAUCAAAUCGAAAAACUACCUGGGCACAUCGACUCUCGUUCGCGCUCAAGACAGAUCAAACCAAGUCUACCUGGACACUCGACGCAACUUGACUGCCGCCAGCUUCGCAGCGGAUGAUCGGCCAGAUGAGAAGUUGUCAUAUGCAGCGCUAAACUUAGUGAGGCCAGGACUGUCGAGUCGUGCCCGUCAGCAGUCAGAGCCACCAAUUCAUAGGAACAUAUUCCCACCAACGCCACCGCCAGAAUCCGAGAGAGCGACCUCGACGACGAUGACGAAUGCAAAACGAAAGUCAUCGGAAAGUACUGCAAGCCUACCGUCAGGACUACAUCAGAGGAGAUCUUCAAUAUCGAAGCCUGCCAAGUUGGAUCUGGGAGCGGCUGCUUUUGAACAAGCGUCCUCGUCGACAACAUGUCUCGUGAUAGAGAAGCCACGAUUAGGAACCAAGCGAUCUGCCUCCGAGAGACCUCCAGCUCGAGACACGCAUCCUUCGCGUUCGAGUCCGCCGAGGGUACAGGAGCGUAAUAGACAUUCUGACACGCAUCAACCGACCGAAGACUCGCAUGUAUUGCGACCAGAUGUUUACACGCCAGACACGGUAUCCACAGCUAUCCAGCAAGCACUCUCAGAGCCCGAAAAGCUACAACCAGCAGCCUAUCACCAUCAGCGCAACAGAUCAGGAGGACAGUCAUUACGCGAGUAUCCUCGCUCCAUUGCCGAAGAGGACGAAACACCCGAGGAAGUCAAAGAUAUUCGAGCGCACACCACGAUCGACAAAUCUCUCCAGGCUCUCCAAGCCACCAUAUCGAAUGCAUUGCCCUAUGAGAUCACUCCAGCUAUCUCACCACCGGCUGCCGUUCCAACUCUAUGCAAGAUUCGUGUCAAGGUGUUUGCAACAGAUACACGCUACGUGAUGAUACAACCAAACGUCACCUACGAGAUGUUUGUGGAACAAAUCCGCAAGAAGUUCGGAUACGCAGGAAGAGACAGCUUCAAAUUGAAGAUGAAAGAUGAAGAGGGAGAUAUGGUAACCAUGGGUGAUGAGGAUGAUUUAGAAAUGUUGGUCAUGACUGCAAAAGAACAGGCUGGGAAAGAUGGAGCGGAGAUGGGUAAGAUGGAGGUUUGGGUACAGGAACUUGCCUAA